GAUGGCGGAGAUUGAGGACGACUUAAGCAAAGCAUUCCCACCGACCCGCUGGAGUCUGACCAAGCCCGGCCUAGAAGAUAUGACCCUCCAAAUCCUCCUCCAGAUUGACGAUCUGGACGACCUCUUCGCGUUCGCCCAAGUCAACCGCGCCACCUACCAAGUCUUCAAGCGUCACGAACUGCCCCUGAUGCAGAACACCAUCCGCCUCAAAUCCCCCGCCGCCUGGGAGCACCGCCAGAUGAGCGACAUCAACUCGCAGGAAUCCUCGUCGGAGGAAGAGCCCUUCACGGCCGCGAUCUACUACCGCCACUACACCCGCGACCACCGCACGCUCGCCACGCUGAAGGGCCUGAUGAUGACCCACUGCCGGGCCGUAAUGCGCUCGGCCUCGUACACGGCCCUGUCGCGGCCGGCCAGCCCCGCGGCCCGCAAGAUCGACAACGCAAUCUGGCGCGUCUGGACCUUCUGCCACCUGUUCGGCAUGCAGACGGGCCGCGACCACGACAUCGACGGCCAGGUUAGCUGGCUGCGCGGCGAGGUGCGCUCCCCGUUCCAGCCCUGCCCGGACCCCAACGACGUUUGCAGCAUCCUGUUCGACCCGCCCCCGGGCUUCGGCGAGGGCAACAACAACACCAAUACCCCCGGCGGCCUCUCCGUGACCGACAUGCAGGACAUGGACGAGGUCUGGACCUGUCUCAAAUACAUGUUCGGCUUCCUGCGCGGCGAGACCGAGCGCGCCCGCCGCUUCGGCGUCUUCGCCAACGCCAACGCUACUAGCAGUAGCGACGACGGUGACGACGGCAGCGGCAGCGGCAGCGGCAGCGCCUCGUCCCCUCCCUCUUCCCCCCCUGACUCCGACAAACGCAAUCAAGGCAUGAUCAUGCUGCACGAAUGGAUCUAUUACCUAAUGACCCUAGGCCCGGAAGCGGUCGUCGAGCUCGCCCCCUUGGGCCCGGAUACCCAUGCCGAGACGACGUUCCAGCGCGCCAUGUCGCGCGGCUGGACGACGUGGUCGGCGCCCCGGCCCGGCGCCACGCGGAGUGCUUUCUUGACUGAUGCGUUGGGCCGGGUGUCUGGUGGGUUGCGGCGGUUGGAGGAGUUACAACGAGAGCUGUGGUAUAAUUAUUUGUGAACCGUGUGGAUGGGUGAGUUAUGUAGGUUUUAUUUGGGAUGGUGCGGGUGUUUUCUGGGUAGUGAGCGAGGUUUUCUUUCUUCUGUCUCUUAUCCUUCUUCGGGCAGGUAUUUAUGAAUUGGGAGGGUUUAAUGAAUGGAAUGAGUACUGG